CAAUAGUUAGAGGGGAUCUUUGUGGAUGGAGGAAGCUUGUCUUCUCUUCUGACCUAUGAAUAACCUUCAGAGAAGCAUUAGAAAAUGAUGCAUUUAUUACCCUGUUUCUUUAGCUUUGGAAAUUUAGGGUCAUAGAGCAAUUACUAGCUAUAGGAAGAAAAAGUUUGCUUAUAUGAAUGUUUGUUUGUGGACCUAUCAUGUGUUAUGCAGCUGUCUGUAGAGUUGAGCAAAGCUUUGAAGAGCUGAAUGGGAAUUCCUGUUCUUAAACACUCCUCCCGGAAGCAGGAGAGGGGGGAAUGAGAGGUGCCUCGCCCUCUUUUGGAAGCAUCUCAGAUGGCAGGGAGUGGUUGGACUUGCUCAGUCUCUCUUUGCUGACUUUGCAAUGGACCGGGCUGGCAAGCAGGGGUGGAUAUCCGGGAUGGGGUUGCUGAGGCACCAGAAGCCUAACAGAGGUUCUACAGCUGUGGUACAAAUGUCACGAUCGCCCAAAGCAGGGCCUGCACAGCCUGACCCUGCAGCCCAGAGCUGUAGGUAGUGACAAGGACGCACGCGGCCCCUGAGCUGGGGCAUUUCAGGACGAUCCCCAUUUUUAGGCAUCCUCCCCCCGCGCCGCACACCGAGGGCAGCUGCUCGGCUCGGGCCGGGCAAAAGGCCCGAAGCCCUUUCUCCCCAUUGCAGCCGCCCAAGGCGGGGGGAGGACAUCCUUCUCACGCCCAGUCUCUUUGAGCUCCUGGUGGCUCGAUGGGCACCUACCGUCCCCUAGGACUGGGCUGCGAGCGCCUCACUUGGGCCGAGGGUGGAGGGGAAAGAAGGAGAGAGGAAAAGAGCUUGCGCGGCUGGAGAGGAGAGUUAGCGAGAGCCCGGAGGGGACGGGACUGGGGCGGCGGAGCAGCGCCUGCGCGGUAACUCCCUCCUUCUCCGCUGCCCGCCCCUCCACUCCCCCACCCCUAUCCUGCCUCGGAGGGCGGCGGUGGCAGCGACCGGGUCGAGUAGGCGCGGGUGCCUUGAAGACGUGGAGCCGCGUAGACUGAACGCUGUAGUCUGGAAGGACGAAGAGGAGGAGGAGGAGCCGCGGCGGCAGGAGGGCGGUGUGCGGCUGACUCAUCCCUCUCGGCAGCCGAGGAGACAGACAGACAGACAGACACACAUAAAAAUACACACAAAACCCGCCCGCCCGCCCAGCUCCUGCUCAGCCCGCGCUCGCCCCGGCUCCAGCAAGGUCUGCUCGCCACUGUGCCUGCCCUCAGAGAAAGUUGUGCCCGGAGGAGGAGCCGUAGGGGGACUCGAAGGCGAAAGCGGCAGCUCGCCGGUCCCGGGGAGUGGAUGGUGCCCGGCGUCCCUGCCGCCUGUCAGGAGGGCUUCGGGGCGGGGUCGGGCUGAGCCCGGGUCGGAGUCCCUCCCCCUCGGCUCCCUCCCUUGGCCUCCCUCCUGCGCCCCCUCCCAUCCCCCAGCAUGUCCCGGCUGCUGCUGCCCCUGCUGAGGAGCCGGACUGCGCACAGCCUGCGGCCCCUGCCCGGCUGCCGCCCGCGCGGCGCGGCUGGGGCCCCGGCGCUGCUCCUCCGGCCGCCUCCCGCCCUGGCCGCCGUGCCGCUCCCCUCCCGAGGGCUGGGAACCCACCCUAAGCGUGAGCCCAUCGAAUCGCUGAACACGGCGCAGGGAGCCCGCGACUUCAUCUACAGCCUGCACUCCACAGAGAGGAGCUGUCUGCUCAAGGAGCUGCACCGCUUCGAGUCUAUAGCCAUAGCGCAAGAAAAAUUGGAGGCUCCACCACCUUCCCAGGCACAGCUGAGAUAUGUAUUCAUCCACAAUGCAUUACCUUUCGUAGGGUUUGGCUUUUUGGAUAAUGCAAUUAUGAUUGUUGCAGGAACCCAAAUAGAGUUGUCUAUUGGAAUUAUUUUGGGGAUUUCAACUAUGGCAGCUGCUGCUUUGGGGAAUCUUGUUUCAGAUUUAGCUGGACUUGGUCUUGCAGGGUAUGUUGAAGCUUUAGCUUCCAGGUUAGGCCUGUCAAUUCCUGAUCUCACACCCAAGCAAGUUGAUAUGUGGCAAACACGAGUUAGUGCGCACUUGGGCAAAGCUGUCGGAGUGGCUAUUGGUUGCAUUUUAGGAAUGUUUCCUUUAUUGUUCUUUAGAGGAGAAGAAGAAGAAAAAAAACUGGAAGAAAAAAAUUAACUGUUUUAGAAUCUAUAGAAAGAUGUAAAAUAAUGUACCUUACCUAUUAAGUAUGCUGUCACAAUAUUUAGGAUUAAGACAGUAACUAUGUAUAGAUAUGGGAACAAGCAAUUAAGCAUGUUUUAUUAAAACACUAACUUAUUGUGGCUUGGUGUUCUUAGUACAUCUUUUUAUAAAAAAGAUAGCUUCUUAAUUUCAUAAAAAUUGUUGAAAUGCCUUUUCACUAGUGGCAAUCAACAUUUUCAUUUUUUUCCAUUUUUAUUUUUCAUAUGUUAUAGGCAGGCUAAUUUUUUUAGUCGUUGAUAUACUGUAUAGAUUUGGAAUUUGCUUAUUUGUUAUUAAUCUAUAUACUUGCAUGACAACAUCCUCUUUUAUUCAUGACAAUUCCAAAUCAGCUUUGGACUUUUCCCAUAUACAAAAAGUAUUGCUCAUUUUGUUAAAGGUUUUCAAUUCCAUCAUUGUUCUUGCUCCUAGUAUCAGUUUUGGCUUGAUUUGAGAUAAUGAAUUUCCAUUCAUGCAUUGUGUUUCUCUUUCCUUAUUGACUCAUUCAUCCAAUGUGGAAAUGAGUUGUUUUAACUGUUGCUGGAGUUUUUAAAAAUUUUUUAUUUUCUUUGCUCUGAUCUUUUUGAGUCUUAAGAGCCAGAAGUUAAUGAGCUUAUCUUCUUCACACUUACAUAAAAUACACCCCACAUUAUAAAAUGUACUUUUUACUUCAUUUUUUUUCUAUUUUUUGCCUUAAAACUCCCAAUUGUGAGUAAUUAUGUUAUGUUUUUGGCUCAUUGAAAAGAAAAAACAUAAUUUUUGUUAUGUUUUAUGGGGGAAAUUAUCACAGAAUUAAACAUGGUAUUCUAUUUUUAUAGUUAAGGGAAUCAAAAGGGAGAGAAAAUACAAAUUGUAUGUGAGAAUUGAAAAUUAAGGAUACAUGAAUUCUACAGGCAAGAAAAAAUUAGAAGAAAAAAUUAGUCUAAGAAGAUUUGUGGUACAGAUAGUGAAAUUCAGCAGAAUUGGAGAGGUUCUUUUGCUCUCUUGAAGAAGAGGGUUUUUCAAAAAUUUCAUCUUUAUCAUAAGAUUUCCAUUGCUGAAAUAUCUAAAAUUCUCCUCCUACUUGAGAUCUCCACAUGUGUACUUUUUUAUGGAUAGAGUUUCAGAAAAAAAAAUAUUUUGUGGGCAAAACUAGUCUUUGUGUGUGUGUGUUUGUUUUUUUUUAACUGCAGUCAAAACUUAUGAGGAAACUUUUUUUUUGGCCUUUUUUGUUAUUCAAAAUAUGUUCUGAAUAGAAGUUGCUCAUUUCUAAUUUUUUGUGUCAUUGAAAUUUAAUCAUGAAUGAAAUGUAAUCUCAAUCUUUAUAGUUUUUCAAUAUAGGGACUGUUAUAUAAUUACAAAUGGGUAUGUUAAGCCAAUUUCUUAACCUUGUAUGGUGUUUUAAAAUGUUAUGGGGAGAAGUAUCAAAUAGGGAUUUUAUUUUGACCAUUCAAGGUUGUGAUAUUGCUGCAUUGGCUUUUAAAAAUUGUAGAAUGACUGUAAUAUUUACAGUCAUACUAUGUUAGUUAUAUUUGUAGUUGACAUUUAUUUACUUAAUAACCCAUUUAAAAAAAUGAAGAGUUAUACUAUCACAUAAAAAAUUAGUUAUAAAUUCUUUCAUCUACUUCCACAUAUUCAGUGCCAUUCUUUAAUUGUCAAGGAAGAGAAGAAAAGAAGCAGAAACAGUAACCUAAAAAAUUAUAGAAUGUAAAAAUAAGGAAAUAUGGAGAAAGUAUAAUUUUUAGUAUGCAGAAAUAAUUUGACACUCUCAUUUACCAUGGACAGAAGGAUAGAACUUUAAGCCUUUCUAAAAGUUGUGGUUUAUAUCGUUUCUUCAUUCAGGAACUAUCAGACCAAUGCAGAGUUAUGUUGAUUUGUUUGAUACAUGAGUAGUGUGAUGGUGUUAUUUUAAAUGAGGACUUAUUUAAAUAAAUGUUUUAGAUACUUUUGAUGCUCUUGUGUACAACCAAUCCCAUUUAUUUUCAUACAAAUAAUUAAGUGUGGUGCUUGCAUUUUUUCAAACUUAUCUCAAAAUUCCUAUUGUUAUCCAGAAAAAGUCUGUGUGAUAUUUUUUUCCCUCCUCAAACUAAUAAAAUCUUAACAAGAAUCUGACCUUAACAGGAAUUUUUUCCCCAUGAGCUUCAAUGCAACACUCACAAUAUAAUUUAUCAUAAAUAAAUUCCUAAUUUGAGACUUUUAACAAUUUGAAUCAUUCAAAUAAUGAAUUCUUGUUAAAGUAAAUGUAAUGUCUGUGCCCUUACCAAAGAUUUUUGUUGCUCAAAAUCAUAAUUCUAAGUAUGGUGCUUUAUACAAGAUGGUUUGUUGAUUUGGCUUUUUUUUUUUAAUUCUUGGAGUCUUCUGUCUAUUAAAAAAUUCAUUUCUCAUGCUAAUUAUUUAUUAAUGUUUGAACAUUAAAAUAAUAAUGGAGCCAAGAAUAGUAUUAACUGCUAUAGCAGUAUUCAUUUAAAUCAUAAUAUGUCCAUGUAUUGGUUUUUGUUUAACUUGUGAAUGCAUGUAAGUUGAAUGUAUUUUGUUGCUAAUGUAUGCUUAAUUGCAACCACUGUUUUUUAAAUGAGAUAAAUUGAACUAAAAAUAUUUUAAGAAGUUGAAAAUGUAGUUUUGAUUUUGAAAUGGACACUAUUACUGGGUAGUGAAAACCUUUAGACUUGUAGAAAAUUUAAGAUAAUAUAUGCUUAUUGCAGAAAGGUAACUAUCUCUGUGGGAUCUGUAUUUUGUGUAAUGGCAUAGGUAAAGAAGACAUAAUCCUGCUUUGGGUACCUUGGUCUUUAAUAGGAAAAAGUACAAAGGUAUUUGAAAAUGAUCAGAGUCCCAACUCUGCCACUAAUGAUUUUUGCUACAAAUCUUUCUAAAUUGAACUCAGUUUCCCUUUUAAAGAAUAUACUGAACAGAAUUUGACCUUUUAAACAAAUCCUUCAGAUUUUCCUUUCAGAACAUUAUCAUUAUAUUGUAUUACAAGGAAGUGAUGCUUUUAAGGUUUAUUGGAAUUUGCAGGACUAUUUGACCCUACAAUAAGCGUCCCUAGACAACUAUGCUUUUUGAGUUUUGUUUUCUACUUUUUAUGAUUUCUCCUGUUUCUUCUCUAACAAUUAAACUGUAAGUUAUCACAUGGAUUUUAAAAAAAAUAUCUGAACCUGUGAUUUUGUUUGUUAGAGAAAUCCAGUGAGAAAAUUCCCUUUACCAAUGUACAUUGGCAAAUGUUCUGGAAUUUGUAGUCUUAAGAGAAUUGUCUCAGGCACUAAACGAAUUUGUGACCCUGAGCAAAUUCUGUAUUUGUUGGAGAUAAGAGUCAAGCCGAAGUCUUCCCAUUUGAGGAUAGUGUAUAGAACAAUGCUUUACUGUCUUUCAUAUAGAAUGAUUGAAACUUAAAGUUGGAAGGAACCCUAAGGAUCAUCUGGUCCAUUCCUCAAAUGAAGCAUUAAUCUGUUAUGUAGCAUCCUAGACAAAUAACCAUCAUUACAGUGAACUUAUUAUUUCUAAAGAAUCCUGUUUUAUUUUUAGAUUUUGAAUGAACUUAUGUUGGGAUAAAGUCUAUAUUACUUUUAUUUCUACCUAAUACUCUGAUUCAAGAAAACCAGGCAGAAAAAGCAUUAUCCUUUCAUAUGACAAUUUGACUAAUAUUUGAAGACUGUAAUUGUCUUCCUCAAAUCCUUAUUUUAUUGGUUAUAUAAAAUCUUAUUUUAUUUAUUCACCUCUAGUUCCUUAAACUGAUCAUCCUCUGACUUGACUUUGAGUUUUCCUUGAUAUCCUGGUCAUAAUCAUCUGGAUGUGUUCUAGUAUAUAAAUGUCCUUCCUCUAUGUAACUUUCAGAUUUGAGUAUACUAUUUUAUUUGUGGUCUGACCAGGGAAGAAUACUAGAAAAUUAUUGUGUCUCUCAUUUGGGACAUUAUAACAUUACUGGUUCAUGGAAUUUCAUGUUACUCAUCUCUAUUAAUUCCUGGCCUAUCUUUUCAUGCACACUUCAGAAUUUUCAGUUAAUCAUGAGCUAUGGGCCUAGAAACUAGGCAACCAACACUACAAUUAAUUGUCUUUAAGUUUUCAGUGGGUUUUGAGUGAAUGUUCUUGAGUUUCUUGUAUGAAUAUGUAAAUGUUUUCGUGCAUAAACUCUUAAUGAGCCAAAUUUAUAUUCCAGAGUUUUUUUCUUUUUAAACAUUGCUUGUUUUCUCAUCUGUAAAAUGAGGUACUGAUUUAGGUCAUAGAAUUUACAAAAGAAAGAAACUAUUAAGAACAUAAAAGAACAAUUAUCUAUAAUUCUUAGAAGUAUCUUUUUUCAUUAUCAUUGAUUUCUGAACAAGACUGUAAAAAACCAUCCUUUAGGAAUGUACCUUGAAGGAAAAAAAAUCAUGAUAAAUUUUAGUGCCCUCACUCCCCAAUAAAGCUCCUUCCUUCAGCUUUUAUCCCCCCGGCUUCAUUCAUUCAUUUGUGGUAGAAUUUUAUGCAGAUCGAUUAAAGAACUUGAUGGCAUGUAUAGCACACUUACCAGAUUUGCUGAUUAUAUAAAACUAGAAAGGAUUGCUAACAGUGAUGAAUGAACCAGGAUCCAAAAACAUCUUGGCAAGCUAAACAGUUGGGCUGCAUCCAGUAAGGUAAAAUUUAUUGAGGAUAACUGUAAUAUCUUAUAUGUGAGAUCUAAAAAAAAAAAAUCCUCAAGUGUAGAUUAGAAGCAUAUGACUAUCUAGCAUUCAAUCCAAAAAAAGAGAAUUUAAUCUGAAAAAAGGGAUCGCAAACUCAGCGAUUCUCCAGUAAAGCGGCUAAAAAUGAUUUAAAAAGCCUAAGUGAAUUAGAUCCAAGGCUGCAUUAGAGAGGCAUAGUGUGUAUGGGGAGUUUAUUGUAUCGCUGAAUUUUGCUUGGGUUAGACCACAUUUGAAGUGUUUCAUUUCUUUUGGAAAACGAACCCCCUCAUUAAUAAACUAGAAAACAUCCAGAGAGUGACAACCAGAAUGGGGAAGUACCUUGAGAUUAUGCCGGAUGAGAAUUAAGUAAAAUAAUGUGUAAUCUUUUGUCUAAAGAACAGAUUUAAGAAUCUGUGAGAGGAGUUUUUGUGUAUUUGAAGGGUUAUCACUUGGAAGUCAGAAUAGAUUUGUUUUACUUGCCACUGAGGGAAGUAAGGACAAAUGUGGGUUAAAAAGUUACAGAAAUGGAGAUUGUGGACUGAAGUACCAGGCUUCUAACAAGUAAAGUUAUGCAAAAGUAGAAUGGGCAGCUUAAAAAGGAGGAGUUCAAGAAAUAGCUGGGUAAUUUCUUGCCAAGUAUGAGAUGGGGGUGGGUGGGGGGUAGAAAGAGAAGACUCCUGUCCAGGCAUAAAUUGAACUAAAUGGCUUCUGAGGUACUUUACAACGUGGGGAUUCAUUGAAAAAUCUGAUAUUUCAGAAUUAAGUAUUAUGGAUGGAUAAGUAAUGUAAAGAGCAUGAUUCAAAAGCACCUUGUCGUCUUAUGCUUUGACACAGUUUGAUAAAACAGUCUUGCUCCCAUGCAAUUUUUAUUAUAUUAACUACUAACUGGGCAAGAAAUUUACAAAGAGAGGAAGCAAAAGAAAUCAAAAAAACUAAUCCAUAUUAAACCUUUCAAACAAGUUUAAGAAAAAAGAAGCCUAACCUUUUUAGAAUUCAUGUAAAGCAGAUAAACUUCAGAAAAAAAAUUUAUAAGGGUGAACUACUGAAAGUUAUAAAAAUGUUUCCUUUGUCUUAAAGUAAUAUUUUCCAUAAAAGUUGAUCCUCUUUAAUGGAUGUCAAAUAAAAUUGUGGUUUGAGAAUGAUAAAUAUAGUGGCAUUGUGUUAAUCUAAAAUUCUCAUUGGUGACCAUUUUUAAAAUGCAACCCUUUAAAAGGAGGUUAUUUACACUGGAAACUUUUAAAUGGGGCACUUUGUAUUACAAUUUAAGUCUAAGUCAUAAUUUAUUAUUCUAAAAAGUUUGUUUAAAUCGAUGUUUUUAAAUAAACAUGUCAGAACUUA